AUGUUGAACCCGCCGUCGCUCGCAUCAUUCGAUCCUGUGCUUUGCUCAGACAGCAUCGAGUUCUAUCCAUUUGGGGACUCGCAGCAGCGGUUUCUUAUCGGUACAUACGAGCUCGUCAAGAACGACAGUAGCACUCAGGAGGCGCCCAGCUCAGAGGCCACACGCAUAGGCCGCAUCUACGUUUGCGAUGCAAUUGACAAAACUGACAAAGCCAACGAUCCAGCAAUGGAGAUAGUUGAGCGGCAGCGAAUCGAGACCAGCGCAGUAUUUGACAUCAAGUGGAGCUACAGCCGGGUUGCAGGCAAAGAGCUCGUUGGCGUAGCCUGCGCUGACGGCGAGUUAUCAGUUUACUCGGCCAAUGCAGCAAGUGACACGGAAUUCCUAUCGCCCAUAUGCUCUACAGAAGGGCCGACCUCUGAAGGCAGCAUGUGUUGCUCUCUGGACUGGUCCAACAGACUCAAUACCAGUGACACACCGGAGAUUGCCACAUCCCACAGCGACGGAAGCAUGCGGAUGCUUCAGUUUGCCGAGUCUCGCUUGCAGACGCUCAGCCAGUGGCAGGCGCACGAUGCUGAGGCGUGGAUCACGUCGUUCGACUACUGGAACCCGGCAAUCGUGUAUUCGGGUGGUGACGACGCUCGGCUCAAGGGCUGGGAUACUCGUAUGAAUAUGGAUGAUCCGACGCCGAUAUUUAAUCUGCGGAAGCACGAGGCCGGCGUGUGCAGCAUUCACCCAAACUUCCACCGCCAGUUCAUGCUGGCCACCGGCAGCUACGACGACACGGUGAUGGUCUGGGACACGCGAUCGAUGCGCCGACCGCUGGCCGAAACCAACGUUGGCGGUGGCGUUUGGCGCCUAAAGUGGCACCCAACAGAGCCCACGCAGCUGCUGGUCGGCGCCAUGUACAAUGGCUUCCAUAUCCUCGAUCUGCCCGAGGGUGCGGCUAUUGCUAUUGAAACGCGCACGUCGUUUAUGGAGCACGGCUCAAUUGCUUACGGUGCAGACUGGUGCCAGACGCAUGCCGAUUCGUCGAAGGGAUGGCUUGUGGGCACGUGCUCGUUCUACGACCACGCCGUGCAUCUUUGGCGUCGGCCGAUUUGCGCUGCCCAAGCGUAA